AUGCCGGUCCAAAGAGAAAUUAGAGACAGCCUACGCUAUUCGACUGCGGCCCUUCAGCCUGGCCACAUCGCGCUAGCCACCGGGAGUCGGAGGACCGAAUCGUGGGAUCGGGAGUUUGCAGACACCGACUGGCAGCGUUUGGAGGAAUUGCAGUGCAUCGUUGGAUCCAAACUGCACAAUGCUCGAAAGGCUGUCAAGCGCGAAACGGGCGACGACUGUUGGGAGAGGUACCUGCAGAUAUCCCGGCUAAACAUCCAAAAAGUCCAGUUGGAUUCUCAGAUCAAUCUUAUCAAGUUUGAUGACGAGAAGUGGUACGAGCAACCGAUAGCCCAGGAACUCAAGUUGCAACACGACAUAUGGACUCAGUGGGAGAAGACUGUGAGCAAGCAGAAGUCUCGAUGUACACGCGAGACAUUUCUACGACUAUCUCCAACAUCCGGGGUAGGGGGGUUCGACAUGCCCCGAGGGCAAGGCCAAAGGAACAAUUCUGCUCAGUCCAACAUGUGUACCGCAAUGUGGAAUGUCUACUGCCCUGAUGCUAAAAGCACCAAAAUGCGAUGGGACCCGAUUCGUCACAAAUGGGGUGAUAGCGAGAACACAAACGCUGCCCAUUUGUUUCCUUGGUCUCAAUCGGCCUUUAUGGAUGAGAUUUUUGGAAACGGUGCUGCUAAAGAGCUUUUCUCCCCUCGGAACGGCAUUUUCCUACACAAGUUUGUCGAACAGGCCCUCGAUAAGGGCCUAAUUGUCAUUGUACCGGACAUUGACCUUAACCCUACCGAACCUGAUCUACCCCUGAAUGACGAAACCAUACGACAGAAAAGGAGCAAGGAAUGGGAGGAGAUGACACCAAAGGAGUACAAGGUCAUGGUCGUUGAUAAGAAUCACCCUGAGGUUACUAAGGAACUUUACGAAUUCGGCCCAAUGGGAUUUUCGCGCCUACUUGACUUGCAUGAGCGCAAGCUGAAAUUCAGGACUGAUUUCCGACCUCGGUCUCGUUACAUCUGGUGGACAUUUCUCAACGCAAUUCUUCGUACUGCGUGGACCGGGAAACAAGAGGAUAAGAACAUCCAGCAUGAAGAAGUCCGGAAAUCGACGCGUUAUUGGGGGAGGAAAUAUGUGAAGAGGAAUCAGUUGCUUGGUUUCGUUGAGGAGAUCGGACAUGACGUUGAGAGCAUCUUGACAAUCGGCCCCGAGACAGAGGAGGAACAGUAUGAUCAAGAGCCUCGCUACGAAGUGACUCGGGCCUUGGUAGAGGCGGCCGGGGUGAAAUCUGUACAGAGGAUGAAAGAAUUGAGAGGGGAAGAUUCUGAUGACUAUGAUAGUUCUGAUAGUUCUGACGAUUCUGAUAAUGAAUAG